AUGAUUGUGCACUCCACCAUGACACGUACUUUCCAGCAGACACCGAUCGUGCGAGGUCGCGGCCUCAUUUCCAACGUAAUAGAAAAUCUCCCUUUCGAAGCCCACAUCCCAGGUUACAAUUUCUGUGGCCCGUCAACCAAACUGCAAAAGCGUCUUCAACGAGGAGAUGUUGGUAUAAAUCCACUUGACGAAUUUUGCAAACAACACGACAUUUUCUAUUCUCAGCAGAAAGAUCUCACUGCGCGUCAACAAGCGGACAAACUUUUGGCUGAUCAAGCUAUACAGCGAGCCUUCGCAUCCGACAGCUCUUUUGGAGAACGAAUGGCAGGUUUGGGAGUUGCUGGAGCAAUGAAAGCUAAAAAAAAGAUGGGUUUUGGCCUGCGAAAACAUAGUACACAACAAAGAAAGAAACGUUUGAACAAGAUGGGAAAGGGUUUGCGAAAAAAAUCACCAAAAUCGCAACGUUCCAAGCGACGUUUGCGGAUUCUGCCUCUACCGAAAACAGGUGGCUUUCUACCUUUACUUCUACCUAUACUCGGGGCUCUUGGAGCUCUUGGAGGUGGUGCUGCCUCCAUUGCAAAAGCUGUCAAUGAUGCUAAAGCCAAUCAGUCACAACUUACGGAACAGAAGCGUCAUAACUUGGCUUUAGAAGCCUCUCGCAAGGUUUUCACGUGUUGUAGGAUGAGUAUUCUCAACGUUACACAAAAACCUCUUGUUGAUAAUUCUAUUACAGAACUAGAGUAUCACACUUAUCAACCUUUUAUCAAUUCCAACUUUGACUACAACGAUGAAAUUCGCAUUGCUGUUCAAGAACUAGAUGCCUAUACCCUCCCGUCGCAAAGUCUUUUGUAUCUCGAAGGAGAAUUAACCAAAGCCGAUGGAACUGCUGUUACUACUAAAAACGCUGAUGGAACUACUGUUACAACUCUGCAAUUAAUCAAUAACGCUUUUGCUUUUCUGUUCCGUGAGCUCGGUUAUGAACUGAACGGAGUUGUAGUCGAUUCCGUUCGAAAUGUUGGUCUUACCUCCACCCUUAAAGGACCAGAAUGCGCAGUAAAAUCUGGAGGUGGUGUAGGAGUUUUCACAUUAGACCAAACUGGAGACUUUCUUCCAACUGAUGAGGCAGAUGAAGCUAGCUGCAGUUUUCCAGCGAUAGUUGACAAAGGUAUAUCAUCUUCUGAGUCACUAUAUGAACAUAUCAACACGUUGCUUCUAAUAGUAGUUUCUGUAUCACUUUCUUGGUCGUCUCUGCUACUGGCUAACGAUUCACAAUCAGAUGGAAUUUCUUCACCGUUUAUACGACUUUGUUCCAUUUCUGAAUAA